GAACUCCCAUUGUUUUCAAAACAUGGAUGAUUAGGGAUGAAUGGAGGAAACUUCAGGACAACAGGUCCUCAAUGAUGGCCUCCAGAGCUUCAUCAGCCGAAAGGACCUUGAACACAUCAUUGCUAAAAACCAGAUGCUCAAGGGAAAGAUCGAUUUGAAAUUUGAGAAGAAGAUGCAGCAGCACAUGGCUGAGGUCCUUAAAAAACAGCAGAAGAUUAGGGCUGCUGAGCUCAAAAAGAAGAGGAAGUUGGAGGAAAAGACCAGGAAAGAACUGGAGAAAGUACACAAGGCCGAGCUGAAGGAAAAGCAAAAAAAGGAAGCUAAGGAGAAAAAUGAGGCCAAAAAACUUGAGAAGAAAAGAGCAAAAGAGGAGAGGGCCAGGACCAGCCAGCCCAGAUUCUGUUGCUGGAGAUCGUCCACAGCAGAGGAAGAUGCCUAA